AUGAAGAGGAAUACAGGCAUUUUGCUUUUGUUCCUCCUUGUCUUAGCAGCUGAUGUAGCGGUGAAGAGAGCAGAGGCGAACAUUUGCUGGUCUAAAAGCCGGACGUACACGAGUCCAUGCUACAGCGACGAAAUCUGUGCAAAUUACUGCAAGGCCGAUGGUUUCGAUGGUGGCGACUGCGGCGGCUUCCGUCGCAUCUGCUUCUGCAGCAAACCUUGCUGA